UAGAUGGCGCUGUUUAAAUGCCCUGCAGAACUAGACUGCACAAGACGUCUGCAAGAAGCGCAAGCAGCAUGUUUGGUUGCGUAAGGUUGCGACUGUUCUCCGCAUUAACACGAGGAGCCGUCUCCUUAGCACAGAGAGGGCAUGUCCAACAAAGGCUGCCUGCGGUUCUGGCAACGAAGAAUCAACAAAUUGCAACUUUGGCCAGGGUUUGCAGACCGGAGGCCCGCUUUCUGAGCACAUCAUGCAGAUUGAAUGUCAGUGUACAGCAUGCUGCACCGAGCUUCACUGGCACAGCAGUCGUGAACGGAGACUUCAAGACCAUCAGACUUGAAGAUUACCGGGGAAAAUACCUGGUACUCUUCUUCUACCCUCUCGACUUCACGUUUGUUUGUCCCACCGAGAUCAUUGCCUACAGCGAGCGAGCAGGCGAGUUUAGCGCGCUCAACACCGUGGUGGUGGGCGUGUCCGUGGACUCCCACUUCAGCCAUCUUGCCUGGAUCAACACACCGAGAAAGGAAGGGGGACUUGGCCCAAUGAACAUCCCUCUCCUGAGUGACUUCAAGAAGGAAAUCUCCAAGGACUACGGAGUGCUGCUGCAUGACGAAGGAGUCGCAUUGAGAGGUUUGUUCAUCAUAGACCCAGAGGGCAUCGUGCGCCACACCAGCGUCAAUGACCUCCCCGUCGGACGGUCAGUGGACGAGACCCUGCGACUGGUCAAGGCCUUCCAGUUUGUGGCCGAGCAUGGAGAGGUCUGCCCAGCAGGCUGGACGCCAGAAUCACCCACGAUCAAGCCUGACCCUAAAGGAUCCAAGACAUAUUUUGAGAAGGUCAACGAGUAGCUGUGUCAUCAAUCACAAGCUUGAAGACUUCGGAAGUCCAGGAACUAGCGAAUUUAUUGGAAAAUCAGGCGUACCGUACAUAUUUUGUUUUUAACUUUUGCAAAUAUUAGUCCUAUAUUUCUGAGAAAAAACCAAAGAAUUUUGAGUUGUUUAUAAAGAAACAAAAAGUUUGAGGUUUUACUUUGCAGGGUAGUUUCAUUAGUGUGUGAUAUACGUUGAUAUUUUUGUGUGUGUGAAUGUAAUGAUGGUUGAUCAGGGUUCUAUUUAUAUACAAGGCUUCAGUUGUGCUUAAGUUUUACUAUGCAUGAAUAAUGACGAAAGACCGAUAAACUGCAGGGUAAAGUAUACAGAAAAUCAAAACCAUAAA